GCCAGUCACUGUCAGUUAGUCGCCGUUUUAUCAUCGUUGUGCCGCCUUUUUCGUCGUCGACAAACGACGACGGCGACGAGUGCGUUUUGUUUUUUUUUUUUAUGCGUUUUACCAGUGCGUCGCGCGCUCAAUUUUCUUGUGAAUAAGGAUCGCGUGAACGUUUUGUCGUCGCCGUAGUACAGGUGAACUAUUGUCGACCGUGCAUGCACAAGGAUUUCAACGUGAUCCGGUCGUUGCAUAAAUAACAAAAUAACGAAAAACGUAGGAAACAAAAAAAAAAAAAAAAACACCCUCAAAUAUUCGCACUCAAAGGACGCUCCCCUCCUAUCAGGUCUAAUAUUCAACUGUUGAUAUUGCUCCUUACCAUAUGAUGGGAGUAACUGAAGCCCGUUCGUAGCACCCAGAUAAAUCAUCACGCGUUUGCCAACGGCGUUAUACGAGUACAAAAAGGGUUAUAUGUACAUGAGCCAGCUUCUCAGAUGUACCCGUUGUCGGAGGAAGAUAGCAUGACGUCCCCAGGUUUUGCAGUGGUGUCGAGCUGUAGUACGGUGUCGUCGCCUUGGACGCCCGGCGGGGGAACGGCCGGUGGUAAUCCGGACGGUCCUGAUGGCGGUGGUAACGGUAUGCGCAGCGCCGCGGGCGUGAACGCGGGCAGCAACCUAAGCUUGGACGUGGACGAUUGCGAUGACGACAAGGAGCUAUCGGCGGCGGACGCGGAAGGCGUUUGGAGCCCGGACAUUGAGCAAAGCUUCCAGGAAGCACUGGCCAUAUACCCGCCCUGUGGGCGCCGCAAGAUAAUACUUUCAGAUGAGGGUAAAAUGUACGGACGCAAUGAGUUGAUCGCCAGGUAUAUAAAACUUCGCACCGGCAAAACACGAACGCGGAAACAAGUCAGUUCUCACAUCCAGGUAUUGGCACGUCGCAAGCUGCGAGAAAUCCAAGCCAAACUCAAAGUGGUGGUACCCACGGAGCAUGCGGCCAAGGAGAAAGCGUUGCAGACCAUGUCGGCAAUGUCCAGCGCACAGAUCGUGUCGGCGUCAGCAACGGUCGCAGCAAUACACACCAAGGGACUAGCCAGCUUGGCGUCAUAUCCGCCCGGUGCACCGCCCCCGCCGUUUUGGCAGCCAGGAUUGCAGCCGGGCACGUCGCAAGACGUCAAACCGUUCGCCCAAGGAUAUCCGAGCAGUGGAUCCACCGGCCUGAAACCUCCGUCCACUGCCGUAUCGUCCGAAAUUCAACCUCCAAGCGUCCCACCAUGGGAUGGUAGGGCGAUCGCUACACACAAGCUGCGUUUGGUCGAGUUUUCCGCGUUCAUGGAACACCAACGAGAACCUGAAAUCUAUCAGAAACAUCUUUUCGUGCACAUUGGAGGACCCGUGAGCUAUUCAGAUCCUCUAUUAGAAUCUGUGGAUGUCCGACAGAUUUACGAUAAAUUCCCAGAGAAAAAAGGAGGCCUCAAAGAGUUGUACGACAAAGGUCCCCAAAAUGCAUUUUUCCUCGUCAAGUUCUGGGCAGAUCUCAAUUCGAACAUUCACGACGAAGUUGGUGCUUUCUAUGGUGUCACCAGCCAAUACGAGAGCUCUGAAAAUAUGACCAUAACGUGUUCAACCAAAGUCUGUUCGUUUGGCAAACAAGUGGUGGAGAAAGUCGAGACGGAGUAUGCCCGAUUCGAAAACGGUCGGUUUAUCUUCCGUAUACACAGGUCGCCCAUGUGCGAGUAUAUGAUCAAUUUCAUCCACAAGCUCAAACAUUUACCCGAGAAAUACAUGAUGAACUCGGUACUAGAAAAUUUCACCAUACUACAGGUGGUUACCAACCGAGAAACCCACGAGACUUUACUUUGCACUGCGUACGUCUUUGAAGUAUCCACGUCGGAACACGGCGCACAACACCACAUGUACAGACUGGUCAAAGACUAAGGGGAUGUGUACCUAUGAAUAUAUAUAUAUAUAAUUUACUAUAUGGACUAUUUGAAGUUGAUUGGUGCUGUUCGGUUGUUUCAGUCAUACACACACCAUAUUUAAUCGUCACAAAUAUAUUACACGAUCGCUUUCCAAACAAAGAAUGUGUCCCUCUCCAUUCUCUAACACUCCUCACCAUCCCCGCUAAAUGGACAGUUAUAUUUUGUUUGUGAUUUCACCCAAUACCAAAAUAUUCUCCCUUUAUAAAUUUAAUAUGUAUAGGUAAUGUUUACCUAAUGAGAUGAAUUAUUAUUAUCAAUAUUAUUAUUAAUUUUAUUAUAGUUAUAAUUAUUUUGAUCCUGUCGUCUUGUCGAUGACUUGUUUAACCGAGGGAAUCAGUAUCGUCUACCUGACAUAUAUUUUAGAUUAUUGUGUACUUUUUUUUUUAUGUAUCCCUUUGAUUUUUACCAUUUUUUUUUCUAUUUUUAUUUUAUUUACGCUAAUUUAUUAUUAGAUCAUUAUUUUUUGUGUUAAUAUUAAUGCGAAAUGCUCGUAAUCUAUACUGACAUGCAAACAAUUGAUUUGCUUAUACAACCCAAUGCAUGUUAAUAUUUAUUGAAUUCGACAUUAUGAGACCGAGAUUUUUAGGGUUUAAAAUUAAUUUGAAAAUUAUUACAUAUUUUGUACUUAAAAAUUUGGUUGACUGAAUCCUGUUGCAAUCCUUAUUGAAUGUUGUAAAAAUGAUGUAAUUUUGUAG